AUGGAGCUUCGUCGCUCUCGUCGAUCUCGUGCUUCUGUGGAGGCAACCCAAGAUAUCGAAGCUAACAUGGGCACCAGAUCUAAGAGACUCACUCGUGCCUCUACGGCUGCUACCCCAGCAUCAGUGACAGUCUCCCGAUCCUCCGAGGAUCCACCCGGAGAGCUUACCAGAACUCUCCGUCUUACUGUAAGAAUGCCCGCUGGCAAGUUGCGUGAGGCUACCGGUGGCCGUGCCGCCCGCCGCACAGUCAAUGUAUUCCAAGAAAAUCCCAUCGUGACUGGCCCGCGAGCUAGUCGCAAUAAGAGGAAGAUUGUGGAAGUCCCAACAUCUGAUGACGAUGACGACGACGACCUCGAAGACCAAGAAGAAGACGAGGUCGAUGAUGAGGAUGCUCCUGGGGAAGAAGAUGACGAAGACGCUGAUGCCGACGGCGAUAUCGACUUGGAUGACGUUCCCCCUCAGCCUCCAGUAAGGCGAGCCACGAAAGCCGCCCCACCCCGUGGCAAGGCCGCGAAAAGCGUUGAGGAGAAGGAGAUGGAGUUGGAAGAAGAAGAGGAAGAAGAGGACGACGUGGACGAGGAUGAAGACGAAGAUGCCCUCUCCGAUACCGACACCGAUGCUGAGGGUGAACUCGACGACCAGGAAGAGAGUGCCGUUCCAGAGGUUAAUGUGGAUGAUCUUGACGAAGAGGAUGAAGAAGAUGAGCUGGAUGAUGAUAUGGACAGCGAUGCGAUGGCCUUAAACACUGGCAAAACCACCAAGCGCCAGCGCGGCAAUCUUGGGAACGAUUUCCUACAACUUCCCAUGGAACCCCAAGUGAAGAAGCACCUGACGGCCGAGGAGCGUGCGAUGCGUCGAGCCGAAAUGGCCCGCCGACGUAAGAAUUUGAGCGAGAAGCGCAACGAGGAAGAGAAGAUGGACACCAUCAACCGCCUUCUAAACAAACAGCCACCCAAGCGUCGUGGUCGACAACCCGCCGCUGAGGGAGCAGAAGCCACGCCCGCCGAUCAAGAACCAGCCGAGCCCGAGAAGGCUGACCCAACGAUGACCCGCUGGAUCAGCAAUCAAAGUGGCUGUAAGGUCAAUGUGCCAGAGGAGUGGCUCGGCACGCCUGCUGGCCGUCUAUUCGGUGCACCCAUUGCUGGAAAUGGCAAAAUGGUGGAGGAAAUUUGA